AUGGAUGCAAGCACUGAUUCGGUCAAUGACCAAUUGACACAGUAUGCUAUCCAGCUGAGUAUUCAAGAGACCAUUGAAGCCAAUAAUAAUUCACCAUCUCAGUUUCUAUUACCCAGCCAAGAAAACAGACUAAUAGUGGAAGCAAUCAGGCAAGGAGAAAUCUUCGCUCUACAGCAAUUAAUUAAACAUAAAUUUGCUUUUGAUGAAGCAGAUGAAAGGGGUUGGUUUCCACUGCAUGAAGCUGCUGUUCAACCCAUUCAACAAGUGCUUGAAAUUGUGCUGGACUCAUCCUAUAAUACAAUUUGGCAACAGAGGACAGAGGAUGGGGAAACUCCACUUACUUUGGCUGCUACAGCUGGGAUAUUGGGAAAUGUGCAGGCUCUUUUGGAGAAGCGGAUCUGCCCCAAUGUCACUAACAACAGGGGAGAAACGCCAUUGUUGAUUGCUGUGAGGAAGAAUUUGCUUGAGAUGGUAUCACUGCUGCUACAACAUGGAGCACUUAUAAACCGGCCUUGUGUUAGAAGAUGGACAGCAAUGCAUGAAGCAGCCAGACAGGGGCAUGAUGACAUGGUGGCUCUACUGCUGAGGAACAAUGGAAGUGUUAAUCAAAAGGAUGGAUACGGAGUAACUCCUGUUGCCAUUGCUGCUGCGUUUGGACACUGCAGUGUACUGGAGCAUCUAAUUCAUAAAGGAGGUGAUGUCCAUGUUCAAGCAGACGAUGGAGCCUCAGUGUUAUUUGAAGCAGCUGAAGGUGGAAAUCCAGAUUGCAUCACUGUUCUGCUCGAGUAUGGGGCCAAUCCGAAUGAAGCAGAUAACUCAGGCCAUCUUCCAAUCCACAGCGCAGCACAGAAGGGGCAUUACCUGGCCUUGAAGCUUCUUAUUCUAGUUACUCGGAAAUCUGCAAUAAGGAGAAGUGGGAUAAGUCCAAUUCAUUCAGCUGCUGAAGGAGGCAGUGCCCAGUGCCUUGAAUUAUUGAUUGAAAGUGGAUUUGAUGUUAAUGCACUUUUAGAUGAAGAAAUAUCUGAAAACUAUGACGACAAGCGGAGAACCGCCCUAUUUAUUGCUGUAUCUAAUAAUGAUGUUGCCUGUACUGAACUCCUGCUUAAAGGAGGUGCAUUACCAAACAGAGAUCCAUUAUCCUGUCUCCUUGUCGCUGUAAGAGCAGGGAAUCAUGAGCUAGUGAAUUUGCUUCUACACCAUGGUGCCAAUGUGAACAGCUACUUCCUACUGAUUAAUGACACUCAUUUUCCCACUGCUAUCCAGUAUGCUGUCAAUGAUGAAAUGAUGCUGAGACUCUUGCUCAAUAAUGGCUACAAUGUGCAGAUAUGUUUUGACUGCGUGCACUCUGAAAAUGUUGGAAGAUUUCUUCCCUGGCCUAUGGUUGAACCAAAGUCCUACAUCACCUCAUCAGAAACAUCUGAGUCAGGUGAGCAUGUGAAUACCAAGCCAAGGCAGCAGACAACUAAUGAAUUUGAUCAAGCAAUUGGCUCAGUGUUUUGUGAAUUCAUCACCGUCUCCUGGUUAAGUCAUUUGGUCGGCAGGGUGGUGCGUGUGCUAAUAGAUUACGUGGAUUACGUUCCCUUCUGUGUGAAAUUAAAGCCUGUUCUUGAGAAGCAAAAGGAGUGGCCGGAGAUCCGUGACAUCAUGGAAAACCCUCGUUGUUUGAAGCAUUUGUGUCGACUAAAAAUACGCAAACACGUGGGACAAAGACGACUGCAAAACCGAGCGUGUUUAGCAUUGCUUCCUCUGCCUCCAGUGCUGGUGGAAUAUAUUUUAUAUAAGGAAUAUGACCUGUAUGGAAGAGGUCUUGACUUGCAGUAUUAGAAAUGGAAAUUGCAAUCACUUGUGCCUUGGUGUCAGAGCCACAGUUGGGACCCAUUUUUGACUUUAAGAAAGCAUUUGGCAUAACACAAAUGGGUUACCAACUGCAAUAACAAAAAUAUUUCUUCUCUCUGAAUAAGCCAGCACUGCAACAAAUGAUAUCCCCACAGCUUUAAGUGUUGGAAGACUGCUGAUUGAACUGCUUUGCAAUUAAAAUAUUUGCAAUUCGCACAAGGCUGAAAAUACAGGGCUUUCCAAAUGUAAGGUUUGCCACACCUAAAGUUUUUUUUUAAACAGUCACUCAUGCGCGCCCAAUAGAGAAACCUC